GUGCAAGUUUUGAUUUCGCGCUUCGAUGGCCACACCGUCUCCGACCCACGCGCCCCUCGACGUCGUCACGCCGGCAACGACGACGCCGACCCCGCCGUACACGGCCGUCGAGGCAACGCCGCCACUUCAAACCCGUCCGUCGCUCACGUUGGACGACGUGGCAUCAAGCAUCACCAAAUUUGUGUCCAAGAUCAACCUCUUGCCAGACGUGCCACCGACGCCCAAGGAAUUUUUGACCAAAUUUUACACGGACCGGAAUCUGCCCGAGAAGCUGAAAGACGUCGAUGCGCUCGUCACGUACUAUCAAGACGGGCGCAUGCAUUGGCUCUACGUCGAGCUCGACAAAAACUACGGGACCAAUUUUGUCGCCAAUCCGCCGUGCCGCGAGGUGCCGCGUCGCGCGUCGCUUGUCGCGCCGGUCGCUGCCGUCCCGGCCAAACCGUCCGUCAACAAAGUGAUUCUACUGGGCAACUCGGGUGUCGGCAAGACCAACUUACUCAGCCGCCUCAACAAGGGCGAGUUCAGCACCGACUUUGCGUCCACGAUUGGCGUCGAGUUCCUCACGCAUGUGAUGGAGAUUGACGGCGCGAAUGUCAAGGCGCAGAUCUGGGACACGGCCGGGCAGGAGCGCUUUCAUGCCAUGAUGGGCACGUAUUACCGCAAGGCUGUCGGAGCUCUUCUCGUCUUUGACGUAAGCGACCCCGUCUCGUUUGAAGGCGUCCAGCGCUGGCUGGACCAGCUCCUCCAGGUUGCUGAGCCCGGCCUCGCCGCCGUCCUGGUCGGCAACAAGGCGGAUGUCGAGCCGAGCAAGCGCAUGGUGUCGACGGCCGAGGCGCAGAAAUUCGCAACCGCCCACCACAUGAGCUACAUUGAGACGUCGGCCAAAACCGGCGCCAACGUCGAGCGCGCGUUCCGCGAUUUGCUCACGACCGUGCACCGGACGCAGUCGCUUUCUCUCGAGAGUCGCGGCCGCACCCUGUCCGGGCUCGAUCUCACGGCGCCGACGCACGCCACUUCGUCCACCGACUGCUGCUAAAACGACGUAGGCGAUACCUUUUCGACCCAUAAAUUUAUUAGAAUCUAUAUUUUU